AUUGGGAUAUCUAAUUGGUAUGCUCUUUUCUCAUCGCUGCAGCUCCCGUACUGACUCGGGAGAAGCGAAGGUCGAGAACCAUGUGUCCUCAGAAACACAACCCCCGCCAAGCCGCACUGCUUCUUGACAGCCUGCUUGCUUAACCCGAAGCCAGUGCACCAAUGUGUCCGAGGAAACACUGUACAGCUCACGACGGAAGUCAGCGUGCAUGCUUCCGGCUGCCACAAGAAGUCGCUAGAGCGCGAUGGGACAAGGACAUCCCAGCAGGCCAAACCCUGCCCUAACCCGGACGAUGCUGGGCCAAUUGGGCGCCGCCUAAUGGGUCUCCCGGUCAGGCCGGCUGUAAAACAGCCUGGGAUCAAACCCAGAUCUGUAGUGAAGCCUCUAGCACAGCGAUGCAGUGCCUUACACCGCUGCGCCACUAGGGAGGCCCCGUAUACACAUUUAAUUUGAGUGGUAUUUGAUCUAUUGCUGGUUUCAUACAUUUAAGUUGACCUAUUCCCUUGAGAUCAGCAAGACUAAAAUCAAACAAAUGAGAGAUGACAAUAAGAGAAAGUUGGUGGUUACAUAGUUCCCCCCACCUGAGUAUUAACCGCUGUGUGUUUGUGUUUGAGCGAGAGUCCAUGUGCACCUGUGGUUGUGUGACUGCACAAUAGGUUCCAAGAAGUGCAUUCACAUGAUGUUUCUGUGAAUCUCUGAGGUAGAAGCCACUUCCUAGCUCUAGGACAGAAGUAGGGCAGGGCCCCUAAAAGGCGGGGGUAUCCUACAUCUUCUGACUCACUCCUGUGCCUCUGUUUGGUUAGGACUGGGAUUCUCAAAUCAAAUGGGGGAAAAUCCAGGUGAGGUUUUACACAUCAAGAAAACAACCUCCAGCAUUGUCUUGUCAACCUAAAGAGUUUAACUUAAAAUCACACUUCAGCGAACCUGAAACCCCUCAUUGUGAAACGAAGUGAAGAGGAGCACCUUGGGUUUAUCAUCUCUAAAAAGCUAUGGAUUGGAGUCAGAUGUUGCAGUUCUUGCUCUUCUCACUCCUCUGUCUCAUUGGCAUCUCCAAGGCAGUAGGAGAGCUCUGUGUGGACAAAGGACGAGAGACUGAGUGGGUCUUUUCAGUUUCCGGUGAUGCUGCCAUGUUGACAUCCACCCUGGUGGACCUCAACAUGUUUGACAACCGCAGCAUCCCCUAUAACAUCUCAUGGUAUGACCCAAGGACUGGGACAGAGCUGACCAGGGAGACAGGAAAGACUGUGGUGCGGGGGAAGACACUCUGGAUUUUUAACAUCACGAUGGAGGAUGCUGGAGACUAUGUGUGUGUUGUGAGACUACCCUCCGAGUGCUACAAGAAGGUUGCCUUACUGAUUGUGAAUCACACCAACCCAGAAGAAUGCGGUCGACCAGAAAUGGCCCAACAGGUCCUGACCAAAACAGCCAACUCUUUCCUGAACUGCCCAUUGAGUGACCAUAUCAGGGAAGUGGACAAUUACUCCAUCCAGUGGUACAAGGGCUGUGAACCCAUUGUGGAAGAUGAUCCCUUGUGGAACAGGUUUAGCUAUAUCAGUCACAAUGCUAUGGCGUUACUCCAAGUAAAACUGGUCACCCUUGAGGAUCAUGCGUUCUACACCUGCACCAUGACUUUUAACUUGGAAGGGCUCAGCGGCAGGAUCUCAGAGACCAUCAACGGUUUGGUGAACGAGGAGUAUUGCCUGGAGCCCAAAGUGGUUGAACCUGCCAACGAGAUCAUCAAAGCAGAUUUGGGUUCUUCCUUCAGUUAUAUGUGUCGGGUGUUUGUCCCGAGUGUGGGGAAUAAACAUUGUGCAAAUUUGAAUUGGAUAGCGCGAGAGAACUCAAUUUCCAAAAUUGUCUCAGAGCGCGUCUUUCAGGAAUCACAAAGGGGGAACUUGUCUGAAGAGAAGGAGGGUGUAUGGUUGGAGCGUAAUUUGAAUUUCUUGAUGGUGGAAGAGGAAGACUUUUACAUCAAUUACACAUGUAAGGUUUCCAGCGACAGAGGCAGUCCUUCAGCCUCCUUCACACUACAGCCUACAGAUCCAAACAACCUGCUCCCUAUUGGGGUACUACUGACUAGUCUGGUAUUGGUGUUUACUGUUAGUGUUGUUAUUUACCAUCGUUUUAAGAUUGACAUUGUGCUGUCGCUAAGGAGGAUGUUCCCGCUUCUCUACACAAACACAGACUCUGAUGGGAAGCUGUAUGAUGCGUACGUGGCGUACCCCCGUCUGUUUGGGGAUGGGGAUGGGGAUGGGGGCAGGGCCUGUGGGGAGGCAGAGAUGUUUGCCCUCCACACGUUGCCCCAGGUUCUGGAGGGGAGGUAUGGCUAUAGGCUCUUCCUACUGGGCCGGGACAGCCUCCCAGGGGAAGCCGUAGUAGAUGCUGUGGAGGAGAGCAUGCUGGCCAGUCGGCGUCUCCUCCUGGUCUACUCUGGCUCUACGUUCUGCAGUGGCCACAGUGACAGCAGCAGCGGUGUCCUGGAGAACUGGCAGAGCUUCGAGAGGCAGACGGCCAUGCACCGUGCCCUGCUGGAGGGCUCCCUUAAGGUGGUCCUGGUGGAGCUGGAGGAGGUCACCCCUACACAGCUGGCCCUCUUCCCUGAGUCGGUGCGCCACCUCCGGGAGCGCCAGGGCGCCAUCUGCUGGUGGAAGAGUAGCAGGACAAGGAGGACCAAAGGGUUGAGGUGUGGGAGGUGGAGAAAAGAGGAGGUGGAGGAGAAGAGACGGGAGCUGGCUUCGCCCCCUCUCUCCUCACCCUCUCUUUUCUUGUCCUCACGCUUCUGGAAGGAGCUGAGGUAUUAUAUGCCCGUGAGGGGCAUGAGGACGAGGUGCCCAGAGAAGAACAGCCUGUUGAACUUGUGAUGGGAUUGAUGGGCUUUGGAGAGGACAGUGUUAGACAUAAGGAGGAAAUAUGUUGAAUGAAAGGACUUCUGAUACCAUGGAGAGUAUAAAUGUUGUUCCUGACUCUCACAACACAUUUUCAUGAAAUAUUCUUGAAUCAGACUUUGGAGGACUGAUUCUCUGGGAUGAUAUUUAUUUGAGGCAGGAUGAUGAUUGAUCAUCCUGCCGAUGUAAUGUUGUAAAAGGCACAGUUAAGAGUGUGUUAAUAUUAAUUCUGAACAUAUUGGCAGAACCACUCAAACACACACACAUGCACACACACACACCACACACACAAUUUACCACCAUGUUGUACAUACAUUUACAUUUUACAUUUAAGUCAUUUAGCAGACGCUCUUAUCCAGAGCGACUUACAAAUUGGUGCAUUCACCUUAUGACAUCCAGUGGAACAGCCACUUUACAAUAGUGCAUCUAAAUCAUACACACCACAUCUGUGAGAGAGCUUUAAUAAAGAGAGCCCAGUACAUUCU